GGAACAGGAGCGGCUGAGGGAGUUCGUCAGAGAGAGAGAGAGUAAGAGAGGGGAGGAAACUACUGUAGAGAGAGAGACAUGGCAGACACAGAAUCCAAGUCAAAAUCCAAACCAGUCCAGAAACUCUGCUGCACUGUGUGUUCCAGUGUUCUCAAGAAGGACAAGCCCGCUACCUGUGGCCACUCAGUCUGUGCUUCCUGCUUGGGGGAGAAAGGUAAAGGCUGUCCUCAGUGUCUACAGAGCUCUGGCAAGCCUGAAACUGCACCUGUGGAACAGAAUGGAACGAUGAAUGGAAUAGUGGCCGAGUCUCCACCGGUGAUCAAAACCAAAGAGGAAAAGGAAAAGGACAUAGAAGCCCAGGAUUCAAAGACCGCAGGGGAGACAAUGAUACAGGAAGACCUGAAGGAAGCAGAGGACCCUAAAAAACCAGAGGAGUCAAUGAUACAGGAAGACCUGAAGGAAGCAGAGGACCCUAAAAAAACAGAGGAGACAAUGAUACAGGAAGACCUGAAGGAAGCAGAACACCCUAAAAAAACAGAGGAGACAAUGAUACAGGAAGACCUGAAGGAAGCAGAGGACCCUAAAAAAACAGAGGAAGAGAAAAGGAAAGAGGGUGACCCUCCACAGCCUGCAGAGGAAUUGAAAGAGGAUGUGAAGAAUGGGGUGAACGAGAAAUCAAAGGAAGAGAAAUCAAAAGAGGAGAACGCAAAGGAAGAAGAGGUGAAAGUAGAGCCUUUGGGGUCCGAUGAUGUUGUGUGUGACUCGUGUAUGGAGACGAGCCCGUGCAGGGCCCUAAAGUCGUGCCACACCUGCCUUGUGUCCUACUGCGAGGCCCACCUCAGGCCCCACCUGGAGAACCCCAAGUUCCAGAACCACCGUCUGGUGGAGCCGCUGAGGGACAUCGAGAGACGGACCUGUGAGAGCCACAAGUGGCCCCUGGAGCUGUUCUGCUGUGCUGAUGCUGUGUGUGUCUGUCAGGACUGUGUGACAGAAGACCACAGGGGACACAACACUGUGCCUGUGGUAGAGGCGCGCAGAACCAUAGAGAGGGAACUACGAGAUAAACAAACAGAGAUGGUGAAAACAGUGGCAGCAGCAGAGAAUGCCAUCAACCAACUCCAAGUCAACACUGUCUUCUUUGAGAAUUCGGUGACGGAGGUCCGUGAAGUGAUUGACUGCCAGUUUACGGAGCUGCAGGCUGCGGUGGAGCGGGCCAAGAGAGAGGUGACAGAGAUCCUGGAGGGAGAGAAGAAGCAGGCUCUCAGACAGGCCGAGGGGAUCAAGGUACACCUGGAGAAGAAGUGCACUGAGCUGAAGAAGACACAAGAGCAGUUGAAAAAGCUCUCGAAGAACAAGAACGACGUGGACCUCCUACAGGAGUACUCUGAGUGGAAGAAGGACAGCCCUGACAUGACCCUACCUGGGGUCUACAUCGGCCUCAUGGACCAGCUCAACUCCUUCAGCAGAGUGAUUGUUACCUCCACACAGGAGCUGUGUGAGAAGCUGCUGUCCAACUACAUAGAAACACUCAAAGAGAGCUGCAACAAUGACAAGAUUAUAAAAACCACAGUCCAUGAAAUAAUUGCAGACAAACACAUGACUGUGCCAGACCCAAAGACGCGGGAUGACUUCCUAAAGUAUGCCGCUCCUGUGAGUUUUGACGCAGACACAGCCCAUAAGUUCCUGCGUCUGACUGAGGAAAACAGGAAGGUGACCAACACCACACCCUGGCAACAACCGUACCCCAAUGUCCUUGAGCGCUUUGAGAACUGGCGCCAGGUACUGGCCACAGAGAGCUUCUAUGUCGGUCGACACUAUUUCGAGGUGGAAAUGAGUGGUGAGGGCACGCACGUCGGACUCACCUACAAGAGUAUCGAUCGCAAGGGCCCAAAGAACAACAGCUGCAUUACCGGCAAUGACUUCUCAUGGUGUCUACAAUGGAAUGGCCGCAGCUUCUCUGCCUGGCACAGUGAUGUGGAGACCCCUCUGAAAGUGGAGAAGUUCACACGUAUUGGGGUCUAUGUGGACUACAGCUGUGGCCUACUGGCCUUCUAUGGGGUGGAUGAUGGCGUCGGCAUGACCCUCAUCCACAAAUACAAGGCUGAGUUUCUAGAGCCCCUCUACCCAGCCUUCUGGCUGUCAAAGAAGGAGAACGUGGUAAUACUUGUUGGACCUGGGGAGCCACUGACACCGAAAAUCUCCUCUCCCCCUAACUCACCCCCAAACACCGAUGUAGCACCCUCCAGCCGUUUCACAGUGUCUUCUGUUGUUGAUCAGUGAUCAAUGUGUCAGUAGUACAUUUACCAUGUCAAGUCUAAGAAGUUUCAGAAUGCAAGAAGUAAUGGACAAGGAAACACAUUG